AGCGCGCGCGCGUCGCCCCGCCCCUCUGUCUGCACAGUUCGUUGGUUAGAACGCGGAACUGCUGCUAUUUGUUGCUGCGCUCCAUCUCUGCGGACACAACAGGACGGAAAGACGAAACGCAGAAGACCCUCGUCGUUCGGGCCCGACCGGCGUUUGUAACAAUGUUCCGCUUGCGGGCGUUGUCCGCGGUGUCGCUGGGGCUGGCGCAGUUGUCCCGGCGCUACCACAGUGGAGCCGUGCAAGGCUCCGGCCGGAGGAGGCUGAUGCUCGCAGCGCUGGCUGGGGUAACCGGUGUGUCAGCUACCACCGGGCUGCUCUGGAAAAGGGCAUACGCAGAGGCCGGGUCUUCUGUUCAACACUCCGAGCAACCAGGUGGAGAGGGGACAGAUUUUGUGAGGGACGCAGCCUCUGAGACGGAGUCUGAGAAAUCUGUGGAGGCCAGCAGUGGAGACGAAGAAGCAAAGGAAGGUGAUGAGGGGAAAAAAAAGAAGCCACGCUCUGGAUUCCGUGACCGCAAGGUGAUGGAGUACGAGAACAGGAUUAGAGCCUACUCGACCCCCGACAAGAUCUUUCGCUACUUUGCAACGCUGAAGGUCAUUGGCGAGCAUGGAGAUGCUGAAGUUUACAUGACGCCCCAGGACUUCAUACGCUCCAUCACGCCAAACGAGAAGCAGCCUGAGAGUCUAGGCCUGGAUCAGUUCAUUGUGAAGCGAUAUGAUGGAAAGGACUUCUGGCAGAAAAUCGCCCAAGAAAGGGAGAAGUUUGCAGAUGAGGACAGCAUAUUUUACACACUGGGAGAAUGUGGCCUUAUCUCCUUCUCUGACUACAUCUUCCUCACCACUGUGCUCUCCACUCCCCAAAGGAACUUUGAGAUUGCUUUCAAGAUGUUUGAUCUUAACGGCGAUGGAGAGGUUGAUCUUGAGGAGUUUGAACAGGUCCAGAGCAUCAUACGUUCCCAGACCAGUAUGGGCAUGCGACACCGUGACCGCUCCACCACAGGAAACACCCUGAGGACGGCCGGCUGUAGCUCGGCUCUCACCACCUACUUUUUCGGAGAAGACCUGAAGGGAAAACUCACCAUCGGCAGUUUUCUGGAGUUCCAGAGGAAACUGCAGCAUGAUGUGCUGAAACUAGAGUUCGAGAGGAACGACCCCGUGAGCGGCAGAAUCAGUGAGAAGCAGUUUGGCGGCAUGCUGCUGGCCUACAGUGGCGUCCAGUCUCGUAAACUCAAGCAUAUGCAGAAGGGCUUGAAGAAGAUGUUUAAGGAUGCACAGGGUAUCACAUUUGAGGAAGUGGAGAAUUUCUUUACCUUCCUAAAGAACGUGAACGACGUGGACACAGCCCUGAGUUUCUACCAUAUGGCCGGAGCCUCCAUAGAUAAAGUCACCAUGAAGCAGGUGGCCCGCACCGUUGCCAAAGUGGAGCUGUCAGACCACGUGUGUGAUGUGGUGUUUGCGCUGUUCGACUGCGAUGGGAAUGGAGAGCUCAGUAAUAGGGAGUUCAUAGCAAUUAUGAAGCAGCGGCUGAUGCGUGGGCUGGAGAAACCGAAGGACAUGGGCUUCACUCGGCUGGUGCGUGCCAUGUGUAAGUGUGCCCAGGAUACGGCCUGGGACUUUGCCACGACAAGGACGCAAUAGAGACGGCGUGGGAAUGAAGCAACAUCAGCAGUAGCAUCAAAGACCCUUUCCUUUAAGAUGUCUCAACGAUCCGAACGGACGCUUAAUGAAAUCAUUCAGGCCGCAGCUGUGGAGCAUUAACGCAUGUUGCCGUAGUUCAGACCAUCCAUAUAUGGACAUAAGGGCGCUGACGCAGCGCACUCUUCCCUGGCAUCCCUGUCCAAGGCAUCGUGGGUAUUUGUAUGAAAUAAAAUGAUUAUUCCAUUGAGAAUGCACUGUCAGCAGGUUGCUGUACAAACAGCGCCUUUAAUGCGCAUUUCGCAUGUUUUACUGCAAAAGUCCAGCGGUGUAAUAAAUCCUACUUGACCUUCAGCUGCGUAAAUGCUGCAGUAUGUCUGUAUGCCGACAACAGACCCUUAGUUAUUCCUUUGUUGGUACAGAGAGCAGACGUCUGUAAUCUUCAUCCAGUGUGCUUGCUCCAACUGCACCAUUUGUCCCAUAUUAAAACAGUGAUGCUUGUCAGCUCGACAAUGUAUGCUGUUCAAAGUGUGUAUUCAUCUAUUGCCCACCGAAACACUUUAUGACAGAUGGAUGUUAAAAGAAAUGCUCUAUUAAAGAUGUUUUUAAUAACGUAAAGCUCUGGUUUACUGGUGAGUUUGAUUGUUGUCCUGCCAUGUUCUAAUUUUCACUCUUUGACUCUGAGGGGAGAAAACAGAGGGGAAUUAGCGGGACUAAUCUAUGGCGCCAAAGAAGUCCUUUGCCGUGUAUAAUGAAAUCAAGUGUAACGCUUCGAAGCAAAUAAAGACCUGCCUGGCUGCUUGUA